AUGAGGCCCCAGCUAUACUACUCUGCGAGCCAGGAGGCCGUCCCUCCACCACUCAACAACUUCUUGAGCCCCGAGUUUGCGCCAGCCCUCACUGUGAUGGAGCAGUUCGAAGCGGACCUUUUGCGCAUGGACGAAGAGCACCUCCAGCAUCGCGAGCGAGCUGUACCCGAAGUCCCCUCACCAUCCCCAUUCCCUGACGAUGGACUCUCAAGCGACUCCACUCUAUUCGGCAGAGUGAGGACAUUGUACCGACGGUUCUCCAGUUUCUCUCAACGCAGCAGCAGCCGUGCGAGCGAUGCCAGUCUCUGA